CCUGGACCAUGAAAAGGCGGAAUGUUUGCUUCUCCUUUUCUUUGCUUGGUCUAGUCCUGGUUUCAAUGUUGAUUGUUAGACAACACCGCCAUUACGUCAAACAAGCUGCUUCCGGUAAGCUCUUGUCGAAACGAGGAGGCGACAGGCCUCAUCACUUCAAUGUCUCUCAUUUGCCAAAUGCAAAUCGAUCGGGUGCUAGACAAUCAAGGACGAACACGAUUCAGCUUUACCAUGACCACGCUCCUAACUCGCGAACUGUUUUACUUCCGGCUGUACCGAGCUCCACAUCAGAGGAGAGGGUGCGCUUCGCCAUCGGAAAUUAUUCGGAUGCCUCGAAUCCACUCAUCAACUGUAAUAUCACAUCACAGGUCCUUUUGCACACGGACCAAAUGCCCUGGAUAAUGGAAAGUCUCGAUAGCACAGGAUCGAAAAAGACGGUCGGAGGUGACGAAUUCUACGUUGUCUAUAAAGAUUCUAAUGAAGAGUGGGAUGCAACCGCUGUGGCAUGGAUUCAAGACCUGCACAAUGGUUCAUAUGGGCUUGAUUUCGUAACCGUACCUAUCAAAGAAACCUUCAGUAAUUUGACGGGCCAUGGAAAUUUGACCAUAUACUUCCAGUAUUCGUGUGGUAUCGGGUUUACCCCACAACCUCUAAAAGACAACUGGAAAGACAACGGAUCCACCUGUUUGGAAACAACCGCGCAUGUUAAGGCCCCUAGGAUUCGAGUUUUCCAGGCUCCAACUAUAUCUCCUAAUUUCUCCGAGUUUUCUAGAAUGGUAUCCUUCGGAGACUCACUUUUACAGCAGCUUGUAUUCGGAUAUACAAGAUUCUUUCGAAAAGAUGUGUUUUGGAAGGCCAAUGUCAAUUCGGAGCUUACAAGCGAAACACUCGACAAGCGUUUCAUACCUAAGCUUCGUGAGUGGCACGGCGGCGAUCUGCAAGACCCCACCGUGGGCCUUGUAAUUGGGUCUUCUGUUUGGGACAUUCUUCAAAAUCAGAAUAUUCAGAAGGCUGAUUUUCGGGAUCACUUACAAGCUUGUCGGCUGUAUAUUGCCCGUGUUCAAAAAGAAUUUCCCAAUACGACAGUUUUUUGGAAAUCGCCUUCUACCUUGCAUGUACAUAGAAUGCUUCCAGGAUGUAACAAAGAUCGGAGGUGCGCAGAGAGAGUGCGUUACAUGAGUGCUUCCCGAUCUGAAUUUCUGUAUCGUGGACAAAAACAAAUAAUGGCCGAGCUGCGCAUCCCCUUUCUGGAUCUCUAUGAAGGAUAUUUCCUGUCGGCGCCUUACACGGUGCGCGGUGACGGACGUCACUAUCAACCCAAAUAUGACCGUCGAAUGUUGCGCUGGCUGUACAGCAAUAAGACUGUGACUCCCAGCAUAUUUCUGGAGUGA